GGGAACGAGCCCCUGACCAUCCUCCCUCUGACGUCGGAAAUGGAGGAGGCGGCCGUCAAGGCACACUACAAGGUGUGUGACCGCCUGAAGCUGGAGAAGAAGCAGCGCCGCAUGUGCCGGCGGGACCCCGGCGUGGCCGAGACGCUGAUGGAGGCCAUCAGCAUGAGCGCCCUGGAGUGCCAGUACCAGUUCCGCUUCGAGCGCUGGAACUGCACCCUGGAGGGCCGCUACCGCGCCAGUCUCCUCAAGAGAGGUUUUAAGGAGACAGCGUUCCUGUACGCCAUCUCGUCGGCAGGGCUGACCCACGCCAUGGCCAAGGCGUGCAGCGCGGGGCGCAUGGAGCGCUGCACCUGCGACGAGGCGCCCGACCUGGAGAACAGGGAGGCCUGGCAGUGGGGAGGCUGCGGGGACAACCUCAAAUACAGCAACAAGUUCGUCAAGGAGUUCCUGGGGAGGAAGCCCAACAAGGACCUGCGAGCCAGGGUGGACUUCCACAACAACCUGGUGGGCAUGAAGGUCAUCAAAGCUGGCGUGGAGACCACCUGCAAAUGCCACGGCGUGUCCGGAUCCUGCACCGUCCGAACGUGCUGGCGGCAGCUCUCCCCCUUCCACGAGAUCGGGAAGCAGCUGAAGCAGAAAUACGAGACCUCUCUCAAGGUGGGCAGCACCACCAAUGAGGCCACGGGGGAAGGAGACAUCUCCCCCCCUAAAAAAUCCAUCCCCGGCCACAGCGAUCAAAUCCCAAGGACUACGGACCUCGUCUACAUUGACGACUCGCCGAGCUUCUGCCUGAUGAGUCGCUACUCGCCCGGCACCUCGGGACGGAAGUGUUACAAGGACAAGAACUGCGACAGCAUCUGCUGCGGCCGGGGGCACAACACGCAGAGCCGGGUGGUGACACGCCCGUGCCAGUGCCAGGUGCGGUGGUGCUGCUACGUGGAGUGCAAGCAGUGCACCCAGAGGGAGGAGGUUUACACCUGCAAGGACUGACGCGACCCGUGGUUUCUGCCAUGCGGCCACCCCCAGGCACGGGCCAGCUUGGAGAACUGCCUAUGGAGACAAACAGGGUUUGAUUGACCUUCUGGGAUCUGGAAGCUAUGUUGAGACAUAAGCACUUUGUAGGGUACAGGUGACCCAGCUGUGUUGCUGUUUUGUUUUUUUUGUUUUGUUUUGGGUUUUUUUUUGUUUUGUUUUUUUCCUGUAGACUGAAUUUUCAUGAGGUCCAACCGUGUGGAAAUAAGUGCCUGUCACGCUGGGGUUAGACGCCAGCUGACCUUCACCUUCGUUGUCUACGCAGUCUGAUGGAUCAUUUCUCCUUGGAACGUUGUUUCAGCGAUCCUCCAUGAACUCCUGGGCUACAAUAUUCCCGUUGGCAUAAAUCUCCUGUACUCCUUCAUUCCUGGAGCUCGCCCAGCUGCUUGGAGAGCUGAGCAGAUACGAAAAACCUUUCUGCUUUGGGAAGCAGAUGUUUGUUCCUCCAGAAACUGGAGAGGGAUUUGUAGGGAAUGAUGGGUCCUGAAGGUUCUUCCAGUGGAGUUUCUGCACAUGGAGCAAACAAGGCUCUGACAAAGAGACCCACUGGGAGCAUCAGCUCUUUAAUGACAGCUCCAUAUCCUGCGUUGUCACCAAGUGCAGCUCAAAAAUGUCGGGUCCACCACAUUGCAGAUGGAAAAUAGAUCCAAGAACGAGGUUGGGAAGACAGCAGAAAACCAGACGUGCCUGUCCCCUUCAAUCCAAUCCCACAUUCUUUAUUUAAAGCAAUUCCCCCAAACACAGGUUCUUUAGCACUAUUGCUGUCUUAAAUCAGACUUUUUUUUUUUAAACCACUAGAUACUUUUGUUUCACUUUCACUUCAUGCAUGAUUUAUUUUCCGCUCCUCUUCCCACCUCUUGCCGAUGGAAGUCGCCCUGUGGUAACUGCUUCAGAAAUCCCAACUGGAACUUUCUGAGUCUUAUGCCAGCUGAGUUUGGACGUGUUUCUCUUGAGCAGGACAGGAGGAAUCCGAGUUCAUCGUGGAGCCCAGGGCUGUCUCGCAUUGUGGAGCAGCCAUUUAGGCCUUGAUCAGACCUCUGGAGGAGCUGACUUUUCUUUCCUAGGUCAUCAUUCCAUUUACUCUAAACCAUGGCAGUGGUACAUGACACAAGCUGUAUGUAAACCCUAUGACCUUAAGAUUUUUUUUUUAACCACUAGAUCGAGAACUGUAUUUUAAAAACGCAUCUGCUAAAUCCUGAAAAACKCUUGGAUUUGGAAUAGCCAAUCAGAGACAACCUGAGAGAAGCCAGAAAUUUGAUUGCAGGGGUUGGUCACUCCAACGCUGUGAAACAAUCUCCAGCAUUUCCUUUUCCCUUGGAAGAAGCGAUUUGCAAUCCAGGACUUGAUAUGCCAAUAUUCUUCAUAUAAACGUGGAUUUGAAGCAGCCAAUGAAUGCCUGAACAAAGCUUUCUGAGGAAAAAAUGGAGAGCGGGGGGUGUUUUGUUUGAUUUUUGGUAGCAAUUUUUGAUUGUCCAGUAGUAGCAAUUUCCACCCGAUUUAUAUCAGCCACUGCUCUGGUGUUCAAAAGGUUUUCAACCAAUACUAAAAAUUAGMAAAACAAAAUUUCCCAAGGUGGACUAUUAUUUUUUCAAAGUACUUUUUUCCAUGUUUUUAUUUAAUGUUUAAAUUUUUUCCCCCCGAAGAGAAGCCACUAAUACUUAAGCUGUUCAUGUGCAUCUGCUGGGAGGAGAAAAUAUCGAUUUUGGAUUUUCUUGGUAACAAAUACCUGCAGUCCAGUCUGGCACGUUGGCAUCAAAUCUUGAGGUGGGGGCAUGGGGAGGGGCAGGGUGUUACUGUUUAAUAGCACCAUGGUCCUGCAAAGUGAAGCAAAAUGUCUCUUUUUUGGUGUUUCCUUAUUUGCUGUACAAUUCUGGAGGCUGGGAUAAUGCUGGAGGAGGAGGAGGGGGAAUCCACACGUGGAAUUUCCACCUUCCACUCUGGCAAAGUACCAGGAAGGUCUCACAGCUUUUGGGAAAGUCACCCCUGAGCAGUUUUAUCUAAUGGUUUAAAAAAUAAAUUGCCUAGAAACCUAUUAUUCAGUGUGUAUAUAUAGAUAUAUACACACCCCGACGCAUAAAUAUAUAUAUAUAUAUAAAUAUUGAACAUUUAUUUAUUGUAGAGCCCUUCAGAAGGACCUUCUUAUGGUUUCAAUGUGGUAUUAUGUUAAAUUCUUUCUCCCUCUGUCUCUCUCUCUCACACAUAUGUGCAAACUCACUGUUACAUUUUUGUGUGUUCUAGAAUAGCUCUUCCCCUCCAAAGCAAAGCCAGACCCAAACCUGCUCAAAACAGGAUUUUGGGGUCUGAAUUACUAUU